AUGAAUAUCAGAAAGACUUUCGUGAUAUUUUUUCUUGUUGUUGUAUUAGCAACAUCGUUGUUGUCCAACUCCAAUGUUUUAGCUUCACCGGUUAUCAAUAACAGGGUUGGAUAUACUCACUGCAUACAAAUUUGUACAAGCUAUUGGGCAGACCAGGGAUGCCGAGCUGAGUGCAGAAAGAGAGGUUACUCAGAAGGGGCGUGUAUAGGUCAUGCCCCACGAUUUGAUUGUUGUUGUAAAAAAUGA